AGCUGAAUUAAAAACAUAGUCACAAAUACAUAUCUAAAUAUAUCCAUGCUUAGAAACAGUAUAUACAUUAUAUCAACGGUUUCCAAGUAAAAUAAAAUCUAUCGAGGGUGUUAAAAUGCCCACUUUACUUCAUUCAUCCACCAAUAUGUAUAGCCGCGAAUAAAUCGACUAAUAAUUGAAUUUCAUCAUUUCAUCACAUGCUUUAGUAACCCACUUCAUCUAUUCUUUAUUAUCCAAUCAACUUGUUGCUUGCUUAUCGUUUAAGGACACUCUCAGCGCCCACAGCACAAAACGGCGGGAAACACAUCAUAAAAACGAGUAUAUAUCAUAUCAUAUGAGCGUAGGAGAGUUCAAUGCCUGCGUCAGCAUGUCUUGAACAAUAGCGGACUGACGAAAAAAUAAAUUACGACAGGACACAUACAAUUGUGCAUACCCAUACGCCAUGCCCUCCCAUUGUGGAGCAAACAAAGAGACAUACGUCAGAAGGACUGUAAGGAAGCUGAUAAUCACAUUAUUGCCGUUUGAAGGCGUAAAUGCCGACACUCGCAUAUGGAGCAAGUAGUAAGACAAUCCAUUGCACUAUUGCGUAAAAAUGCCGUAAUCCUGAUCACAGUAGUCCUUUGGUAUUGUAGCGCUUCGGUUGUAUCGCUAUCUAGUGCGAAAUGUUUUGCGGUAAAGUCGACGCGAAGUUGAAGUUGCAGCAGUUGGCAGUAAAGUGCAAGGAAAGGUGUCUGGAUCCAAAAGCAUUCAGUUGUGUACAGAAAGUUUUGUGUGAAAAUGAAAGUGAAAAUGCGAGUAAACGAUGGAAAUUCUUAAAUUUUUGCUUGAUUUUUAUUCUCUCGGCUUAUGGAUACAAUUAUUUCUGCAAGGAAAUGUCUUCAAAGCGCUGUCUACUAGAGUUGCCAAGAGCACUUCGAUAUGCUUUUCGACCUUCUGAAGACUGCAGCUUUUGUGAUAAAAUAGAAAAUGCGAUACGUUUACGUGGCAUAACAAGUGAGGAAUUCGCAUCAAGAUAUGCCUAUGGAGGAGGGCCAGUCAUAGUGGAGGAUGCCACAAAAAAUUGGACAGCACCAACUAAAUUCAAUUACUGGUACUUCCGUGACAUUUAUUUCAAUGCAAAACGCAAACAAAAAAUACUCGACUGCCAGUUUCUACCCUACCAGACAGGCUUCAAGAAUCUUUACAAAGCCUUGGAUAUGCCUAAAGAGCGCGUGGAGUUACAGACUGGCUAUCAGCCGUGGUAUUUUGGCUGGAGUAAUUGUAAUCCUGAGACAGCUGAAGAAUUUCGUAAGCAUUAUGGGCGUCCCUACUUUCUUCCACCCACAUCCGAAAACAACGCGGUAGAUUGGUUCUUCAUCGGCACAGCUGGACUGGGUGCACACAUGCAUAUCGACAAUGUACGCCUACCAUCGUGGCAAGCACAGCUAUCGGGCAGUAAACGAUGGCUACUCGCACCACCACCGGAAUGCUACUUCAAAUGUAAACGCUUCGACACCAUCGUUCGAAAGGGGGACAUAAUUGUUUUAGAUACCAAUAAGUGGUACCACCAGACUUUCGUGCAACCGGGGGAAAUCAGUCUUACCAUUGGAGCUGAGUAUGACUAAGUAACAUUUUCGAUAAUCAUGAGUUUGAUUCUAUAUAAAAUUUAUUUGUAAUAUUAUAUAUUUAAGUUAAAGAAAAAUAACUCAAUACAAAUUAGUAUAAUUUUUUCUUAAAAGCACUUACUACAGUAAAAGACUUUACAAUGACGUACCAUACACUCUAGAGAAGUCAUAUCAAGCUCUUGUAAAUAGUAUCCGGCUUGAACUCGGCUACCAAAUGUGAAUAAAUGAAAAGUAAAACAUAAUAUCUCAUAUUCCUCAAAACAUAGUCUAAGUUUAAUUAUCUAAAAACUGGGUAAUUUCUUCAGGUACAUGAUUAUCUGGGCUUAGGAGCACAAUCAACUUGCGAUUUGACCCUUUUCAUUUCUUGAAAUCAAAAUUGGAACUCAUUCGGAUUUUAUUUAUUUAAAUUAAGUUAUACUUAGAGUACUUCUUGUAAAAAUUCAUACAAAAACCUGGGAACAGAAAUACUUUUUAUGCCCAUUACAAUAUUAAAUUACUAUAUCUAACUGUACUAUAAGACUUGCAUAAAUUAAAUACAUCUACAAGACUUAAGCAAUAUAUUAUUGAUAAUAUUUGCAUAAAAAACUAUUUUAAUAUGCGAUUAUUAUAUUAAUUUUUGAGAUAUUCGAUAUUUAUUUCACAUUUGCAAUCAUGAUUUACUCAUUCGAACUAGUUUUAGCCUCGUCAAUUACGGCAUUUUUUCCAGGCGCGCAUUGAACUUUAUUAAGUGCAAUUUUUCAUCAGUACGCAGACCCUAAUUCAAUUGAAGUAUCUGCGAACUAAAAAAAAAACUCGCUGAAGAUUUCAACAUAAAUGGUGUCGGCUGGUUGAAGGUGACUUGAAAUGCCGUUAAACAACUAGCCAUUGAUUUUGGAUCAAGAGUACUUUUUUUGUCUGCAAGGCGACAUUUUUGCACUGCCACAUAACCAGCCGACUAGCCAAGCCAGCUGGUGGCACUUUCAGACCAAUCUGGUGAGCUGAAAAUUGUAUACACAUACACAUAUGUUUGUACUCGUAUCUCAUUGCAGAUACGAAGAAAGCUAUCUUGCUAUAACAACCAGCCGAAAGAAAAGUAAUAUUACAACGAUCGCUUUCGGUAAUCUCUAAGUUACACUUUAUAUUGCGUAAGUACAUCCUCGCUGCUCGGUCUAGGCCUUGUUGGUAUAGACUGGUUAUUUCUAAAGAGUCACGUGGCAACACUUCGCAAAGUUAGAGAAAAUUUAAACGGCCAAAGUCGGCAAUAAAAAUUUGCCAGUAACUUGUUGAAUUAAAUUUUAGCAAAUGCCUCACGCGUUUUGUUGUCCCAGUCAACGGUGUAAUUACUUUAAUGUGGUCCAUAAGUGUGCGACGAGAAACCAAGUUUGUAGUUUUGUGUUUACAUGCAUGCAUAUACACACAUAUGUAUGUUUUAUAAUAUAUUUCGUUACUGUUAGCAUGUAAUAGUAAUUGGAUAAUGCGAUUACUUAUGCAACACGCUUUGAUGAGACAACGAUAAACAUAGCGAACACCUAUUAUGUAGGCUUGUAUAAAAGUAAACUUCAUAUUAUUAAUACUUAUGUAUAUGUGAACGAAAGAUAAUCGUUUGGAUCUAAAUCACUUUUUUCAUCUUAAAUUAUAGCUUAGGCACUCGGCAUUUUAAAUCCAAUUCAAAUUCAGUUAUGCCAAACUCCAUAAUUCCAUUUUGUACUAAAAUCAUUGCCAAAGCGACAAUCCUAGAUUUCAAUUUGAGACAAAGUUUUGUGGUUUCUGGAGCAGCCACACCCAAAUCCAUUCACAUCACACCCAAAACAACAACUUUAGAAUAUAUAUGUUAAAUUUUUGACAUCUGCGACAUUGGAUUAAACAAAGCGCUAUAAAUCACUCAUUAUUCCCGUCCUGUUAUAUGGUGCUGAGGCUUGGACGAUGACAACAACUGAUGAGUCGACGUUGCUAGUUUUCGAGAGAAAAGUUCUGCGGAAGAUUUAUGGUCCUUUGCGCGUUGGCCACGGCGAAUAUCACGUUCGAUGGAACAAUGAGCUGUAAGAGAUAUAAGUACCACGACAUUGACAUAAUUCAGCGAAUUAAAAAACUCGGCUAUGACUGCGUAAUCGGUUUCUACGCCAGUAAAAAGAAGAGGAACAUUGGAAGUAGGUAUCACUCAUCUAACCAGCCUCCGUCAGAUGAAUAAAACGACCUGCAGGUUACCGCACACAUCAUCGCUGUUGUGAAUCAUUUCAAAUUGAAAAAGAAGGACGAAUGUUACCUUUCACCAUUGCGUAUAUAGCCGAUAGUAAGAGCAAAGUGGAAAUGAAUUUCUGAUCAAUGGACUGGGAAGGUGGGCCUACUAAACGCUGUGCACCGUUACGAAGCAAUUCAGCCAGCCACUUCUUCGCUCUGCAAUGUGGCAUACCGACUGAAUUUAAAUCGGAGCUUCAUUUCAUACAUCUUUGACGCAGUUUCUAUUUCUUUAAUCAACAGAUUGCUUAGUUAUACUCCUCCUAUUAAAGAGUUGUGUGUGUAAUUGCUUAAAUGCGGAGUGAAUUUUGGCGAUUUGACUCUGUAGUCACGCACUCGUCUCGCACUUUCGUUUGCAGUCACUGAAUUUCAAACUAGGAAAACUAGUCUUCCACCACAUUUGCUUGGAAAAUUCAUUUUUAGACUUCCCUUUUGGCUCUAUUCGUUUAGACAAAAUGAGUGAUAUAAAUAAAAAUACAAUGAAACAAGUAAAAACAGCAAGUGCGUCAUGUGACUUCGUGUCGGUUGGCAACAAGCCGCCAUUGCAGCAAAACAACGACUUGACCACGAGAAAAGACAAAUGUAUUAAAACUGAACCGAAGAGGUGAAUACACUCUUAUUUGUGCCUCUAUUCGGUAGGGUUGCAUAAAAUGCGAUGGGUAUAGCAAUAUCUCGGAAAAAAGUUUUUUUAGAAAGUUUGCCAAUCUUCUUAAAGAUUUACUGAUACAUUAAUCACAUUAAAGAUUUUUGUCAAAUUUUGCAUACUGUACCAUGGACAUUGACAUUACCUGACGAAUCCCCCUUAGGAGUGUUUUGCUUAGUGAAAGGUUUGCGCAUUGGUAACUUCGAGUACCGCAGUUGAAGGAACGAUGAGUCGUACGAGAUAAGAGGCAGCGGCUGCUUUGGCUAGGUCACGUUGCCCGGAUGGAAAAUAACACCUUAACCUUUUUCAACUCAGCUAAGGCCGCGUAAACGGUGCCAACACCAGUAAAAAAGAACGCUAAGAAAUGAACAGAGGUAAACACGGGACGAUGGGAACGCACCGCUCAUAUCCAAGGACCCACGGGACUAAAUUUAAUCCAUGGCAUUGAUCUCACAAUCCUUUUUACAUAAAAUCCGUCAAUAUGUUAGAUAAAUAAUUGAAAUUGAAAGAGAAUCCUUUCCUGAUAGUAAUUUGGCUGUGUAUUAUAGCCAGGAAGCGCGGCUAUAACCGAACAUUUUAUGCUCCUGCAACUUGCAAGAAUCAUCGCCGGCUAAAUACCUUCGAAAGGAUUCAACUUCAUUUCUUGACGGAAUCAAAGCGAAAAUUAUACUAAAUCGUCCUCAAUCGAUUUAUAAUUAAAUGCUCCGUGGGUUUCAUUAAAGUACCUCACAAAUCAGAACCAAUCUAUGUAGAGUAAAGCCAGCCAGGUGUUCGAAAAAAGUUAAAGUUUUCACCAGAUUUUACGCCCAAAGAUACUAUGAUAUGCGCUCUUGGAUGCCAAACAUACAAUUUUCAUCCCGAUCAUUUAUACAUUUACUACAUAUAUAACUCCAUAUAUAUCCUGAUUAGGUGAACAGGAGUAUAAAAAAUGUUAUUAUACUUUUUUUUCUAAGAAUAUCUCUUCAAUUAUUGAGGGAUAAUGUUAAUACAUUAUAGCAGGCAUUGAGGAUUUUUACAAGUUUUUGAAUAUUUACCAGUAUUUUUAUAACCAACUUAUAGAUGUUGUGUACCUUAAAUGUAAGUUGUUGUAUUUUGACGUAACUUCCUUUUAUUUUGUUUCUAAUUUGACCGAAAUAUUAAUAAUUUACAUUUUUUCCAAUUGCAUUUAACUUUAUUUUAAAAACUAAUAUUUAGCUAUAUUUUGGUUAUGAUCGGAUUAAAUCCAGAUUCAGUUGUAGAAAUUGGUUCUAACUCCCUACCAACUAAGCAAAAACCAUUUAAAUACCUUCACUUUCCACUUGAUUUCACUGAUGAAAACGCUCAUUUAGUUGGCGAGAAACAAUAAGUGUGGACGUUUAUAACUCCGCAAAACUAAGAAAAAUAAUAAUAAUUGAUUUCAACUAUAGGUACAUAUACCCGCAUUUACUUAAUUAUGUAUGAACUCAUCGCUACUCUAUUGCAUGUAGAAAUGUACCUGUAUGUAUCCGAAUCCUUUCAAAUGUGUAUGAACGCUCCAAGCAGUGGUUACGUCGCUUCCGAAAAAGUGAAAUGUCUAAUGCAAAAGUAGAUCAAAUCUAUGAUUUCAAAAAACAAAAUAAAAAUAAAAAUUGGUGAAAGUGCAAAUCACUUAACCACUUAGGGCACCAAUUGAAACGAAAUUGUUUUAAAAUUUUGAAGUACAGUGGACACUAUUAUGCAAUAUCUUUAUUUUGAAUGUUUUCAAAAGCACCCACACAACUUAAAAGAUGGACUUCUCAUUACAAAAACACAGUCAAUAGUUUUAAUAGAAAGUUCAUUACUUGAUACUCAGCGAUAGACAGCUACUAUGAGUGCGUAAGUAAUUUAACUUUACAAAAUGACGACUUGAAAAUCCGUGAAAGUAAUUAAAAUCCUUACAACUUCCAUUGGAUAAAUAGUUGAGAAAGCACCGACUUCUGAUCCGAAGACAAACAAAUGUUAACUCUGUACACCAAACUUUUUCUCACUCUAAAUAAUAAUGGUCAUAAAAGAGUUGGUUAAAAUGCAGAUAUUUCCGAAAUAGUUCCACUGAACACACGCUCUCUAACUUAGCCGAGUAGUCACCUUUUGCACAUUAUACAUUUGUGCCACGACUCUGUGGUUACCGAAAAGCCGUUAGAGCGAACUGCCAGCUGCAGCUAUAAUUUGGUCACAUGAUUCGCCGUUUCUUUGGUGUUUGGUUGGUGGGCGAAUGCCACAGCUGUUACAGGCGAUGAUGCAAUAGUGCAUCCGUCGUCUUUCAUACAUAACCAAAUACAACUGAAUCUGCCGGCGGUUACAAGCUGUGAGGCGAGCUGCCGUGGUACGAAAUUCACCAGCGAAUCUACGGUUUACAAUGCAAUCUGCGAUGGCUUGUGGCAGUAUGAGAACGUCGCAUCGACAUGCCUUUUAAAACUGAUCUCAUCGUUUGCGGGCUGUGGCGCAGCAGCGGCAGCAAUAAUGCCGCUACAUUCGAAGAUGUUUUUGGUCAUGUGAUGGUUUUACUUGAGCAUGUACAUAUGUCAACUGGUAGGACGGUAUUUAUUUCAAAUUACUCACUCAAUUUUGUUCGUCUGCUUGCGGCGCCUCUCAUAUCAGCUCACAUUGCAAUAGCAAGCACUUAGUGCACUUGCCGCACAGCUGACACCUGAACAUGUCGACAGUUCUUAUGAGUUUCUUUGGGUUUUGGACGACACCAACAAACUGCCGCUCCAUUUGUUUUAAUAGCGUGCAAAAUCAAGCAGAAAAUUAGUUUGUUACAAGUUUUAUUGCUGUUCGAAUAUUCAUUACACAUUACUGUACAUACAUAUAUGGUACAUUACAUGCAAAUGAGUUCACUUACUUUCGUUGGCGGUAAAACAUACAUACAUACGUAGGUACAAUUGUCUUGAUAUUUUAUUUGUUUACGAAAUGUGUGUUAAAGUAAUUACAAAGAUCCUUGAAAAGAUAGUAAAUAUGUAACAAUUUGGUAUAUGUCUACACUUGUGAUUAAUUAGAGUUUAGUUUAUUCGUUUGUGUCAUUCCUAGUCAAUUCCAAGAAAAGUAUAUUCUUACUUUAUUUCACUAUAAAUUUCAAAUUGUUGAAAAUAAGCAAAAGGCCAAGAAUGGAACAGUCAAAAUGAGACCAAUUAAUUAUUGCUUGUACAUUCCCAUUGAGCAGAAAAAAAUACAAUAAGCAGUUUUCAAGUAAGUAACGGGGUAGUUGUGUCGUUUUCAAUGACAAAGUUCGAAGUUGGUAUUUUUGUUACUUGAUUUAUGCUCAAUUUGAUUUGCCAUUUCUUAAUAAACAGACUUACUCCGAAACAACAUUUGCAAACCGGGCAAAUUUAUUACCAAAGUAAUGAUUCGGUAGGCGCUCUGCUGUUUUGGUGGAAUGGGUAACAAAACUAUGCCAUUUGGAGUGAAUAAAAUCUGCAAGCCAUUGUAGAAAUCGUUAAAUCCCCAAAAAGUCAUUAAUUAGUUUAGCUCAUGGGCAGAUCCAUGUUUCUUCAAAAAUUUAACCGCACAUGUGGUAUUAUUACAGUCAAUAGGACGUUUGGUUGACAUACCAGGCAACUAGUGAAACAAUCAAUUUAUGGAAGGAAAAUUUUUGGUAAGCGCAUAAUUUCGCAUUGUGGGACCGUGGCGUGGCCUCUAAGAUCUUGUGAUUAAACACCUCUGGACUGUUUUUAUGGUUACGUGAAAUCAUUUGGCUACGCACAUAAUUCCAAUUCGAUUGAUAUCUUGGAAGAGAAUAUUCGGCGCGGUAUAGCUGACAUAGGGCCCCAAUUGCUGAAGAAAGUGAUCGGGCCUCUCUGCUGGCAUUAAUUCGAGCCAGCCGCGCCGGUCACUUCACCAUAUUUCAAACAUAAUGACAAACCCUUAUCUUUAUAAUAAACCUAAAUUCUUGACCAUAACAUUGAAUUAUAUGCGUUUUAUUUCUUCUUGAAAAACCCAUGUCUAGACAAACAAUAUUUAUAUUGUCCCAGUGAACUCAACCCCACAUGAUUGUUAUAAUUUUUGGAAAACGAUUAUUAUAGAUAAAGUCAGAUUUCUUUCAACAAAAAUUAUAUUCAUAAAAUCCAUGCCGGUGAUUUGGAGUUCGCAUAUUUAAAUAAUUGGAUCUUUGAUCGGUGGCGAUUGGCACAGUUAUGUACAAGUAGUUGUAAACUGCAAUUGGAAGCCGAGGCACGAGUCGACCAGCGUCUUACGACUUUUGUGUUUUAGUUUGUGAGCACGCGCCCACUUAUAAUAAAUUAUGUAUCGCACUUAUAAUUAUUGUGACAAUCAGCGCAUUACAUUUUCUAUGAAAAUAUAUUCAACAAGGAAGUAAAUCUUUAACACUUUUGUGGCUUUAAGAUCCUUGACUACUUACGGCUACAUAAGUAUGAAGGAAAUUAGAAAUUAAUAAAAACAAGAAUUGAGGUGCUUAGUUUGAAGUAACAUGAUAAUGUCUUUAUUUUUACAUGACCACUUAUCGGCUGAUUUUUUACCACACUUUUUCUUUAUUUAACAAAAUUAUGUGGAUAUUUUAUUCUCGACCAGAUUUUCUAAUUAUUUGAAUACUGAAAUUAAUUUCGCUGUUUAUAUUUAUAUCAACCUUUAGGUGAACACAGCACAACCAGGUAUAUGCAGUAAUGAUUUGUAAAAGUAUUAGUAUUAGUUA